CGGUGGUUUGGCCCGGCCUGGUCUACCCGACCUGCUGGUUGGAGCUCGGUGUGGCCCAGGCUCGGCAGAGCUCCCAACACCGCCUCCUCCCAACCGGCUCCUGUGGGUGGGGGAAGGCAGAACUGACGCAGAGUGAGUGGGAACUUCCAGCAGACCUCACUACCGUAUCAGAUCAACCCUUGACCAACUGUAAAUAAGGAUAAAGGCUUCCUGUAUUUCGUUAAUCCUGAGAAGACUGUUGGUCUCAAGCCAUUAAAUCCUUGGGUAAGGAAACCUUCAGGAAAUGACAAGUGAGUCUGAAGAUGACAACAGCAACACGACAAGAAGUCCUUAGCCUCUACCGAAGCAUUUUCAGGCUUGCUCGGAAGUGGCAGGCAGCAUCAGGGCAGAUGGAAGACACCAUCAAAGAAAAACAGUACAUACUAAAUGAAGCCAGAACAUUGUUCCAGAAAAACAAAAAUCUCACAGACCCAGACCUGAUUAAACAGUGUAUAGAUGAAUGCACAGCCAGGAUUGAGAUUGGACUGCAUUACCAGAUUCCUUAUCCAAGGCCAAUUCAUCUGCCUCCAAUGGGUCUUAUUCCACUACGAGGUCGGAGACUUCAAACCCAGGAGAAACUGAGAAAACUUUCCAAACCAGUGUAUCUGCAGUCUCACGAUGAAGUUUCCUAACGGAGAGGACAGAUGACUUUUGAGAAUCGUGAGCCGACUCGGUUUUGAAUGUAAAUCAGACAACAUGACCUUCUUGAUUAAAAGGAAAAACACCACUUCCUUUAGACCUCCAGAGUUGGUCCUCACCUAUAACUUGUAGCUGCAAGUAUUCCUAGGGUUUUUCAGGGUCUUGCUGCUGCCUGAACUGAUGACACUGGCCCUAGAGGUCAUGGACCUUACAUCUUAACUGAAGUCAUCCUUGGGAGCAAGUCUAAAGUUUGUGGAGGAAGGCCAAAGGCAGUUCUUGGCACUGCCAUUCAGCACAUAUCAGCUGAUGCAAAAAGGGUUAGCUGGUUGCUGCAAGUUCACAUGGCUACCAAACUAUGUUGCUCCAAAAAUACUUAGUAGAGGUUUAUCAACAAGUUAUUCAUUUGCUUAAAAGUGCUUUCUGUAUAGUCUUUUUUUGUGGUCUCCUGACUCUUGUAAUUUCCAGAUAUACUCCUUUAUAAAGAGCAGCUUUGAAUUGAUCAUACUUUUGUUUUGUUUUGCUUUGUUGAGUUUGGACAGGGGGUAUUUUUUUGCAACAGGGUUUUCCUAUUUGCUGGCCUAGAAUUCUCUAUGUAGACCAGACUGGCCUUGUACUUGUGUUGAUCCUCCUGCUCGAAUUAACAGACCUGAGCCACUACACCAAGCUGAUCAUGUUGUCUUUUUAAUGGAAAUAUGGCAUGACAUCCUUCUUCUCCCUGUUGCUAAAUGGAAGUGCAUGCCUUAGUUAUAUGUUUGCCUUAUCGUAAAUGUGAUUACUUAGGAUGCAUUUAGGAUCUAAACAGCUUCCAUGACAUUUAUACUGCAUUCAUUUUAUUCUACUUUAACCUAAUUUAAAAGCACAAGGUCUAAGCCAACUUCCAAGUUACAGCCGAACAGAAAUGGGACGAAGAGAGCAUGUGUAGAGUCAGAAUGGAGUUCACAGUAAGCUGUUUGUACACCAACAGAGAGUGGACCUCACUAAUAAAAAUAAAUCUCUACUUA